UGGCAUUUGGAGAUUGGCAUUUGAACAACCCUGCAAGAGGGAAAAAUACAUACAUAGUUGUUGCAAAAGGAAAAGGAAAGGUUGGUCUGUCGUUGAAAGAUCGAAAUGUAUAACUUGUCAAAUGUGCUUAACUUUAUUAUCUGCAUGGCGAGCUUCAGCCAAUCUUUUGAUGGCACCUUGGCUGUAAAACGGGGCCCUCAUCAUCCACGGGGCGAAACUCGACGUGUGGAUCAGCAUUUGACGCACGAGGAGCAUCGCAUCGACGAUGAUCUAAAGGACAUGGGCAUACAGGCCAACCUCGAUGAUAUGAGUGAAGAGGAGAAGAUAUUCUAUAUGUUUAAGGCCCACGAUAAUGACAACAACAAUGCUCUUGAUGGACUAGAGAUGAUUCAAUCGGCCAUGCAUCAUAACUACGAGUACUUCAAGAACAGCGAUCGCAAUGACUAUUUGCAGAAUGCCAACGACGAGUUGGAUCAUUUUAUAGAGGCCAUUGAUAAGUUUCUAUUGAUUGCCGAUGAGAACAACGAUGGACUGUUGCAUUAUCCAGAGUUCGUAAAGGCCGUAACUGAGGGCAAGGAACAACUGGAGAGGAACAUGUUGCGAUAAACGUGUUGAGAUGCGACACAAUUAGCAAUUGAACAAUAACAGACUAAUAGAUAUACUAAAUUAGUUAAAUUGUAGAAUAACACAUAUAUUCAUGUAUUUCCAUGUUGAGCCAUUGAGACUGUAUGUAUAUACUAGACAAAUCCACUCCCAGUGCGCAACAAGACAGCCAAGC